AUGGUUCAGUUUAAUACUCUGUCUGUGUUUCUCUGUGUCAUGGGUUUGCUCUUAGAGACUCAGAGCUCUUUAACUUUGGAGGCAGAAGCUGGAGAUAACGUCACUAUUUGGUGCCAACAUGAUCUGACUGAUACAUCUUUCAUCUUCUGGUUUAAACACACAAGUGAUUCAGUUCCACUUCUUCUUGGGUGUAAAAAGUUUAGGACAUCAGCUCCAUCACAGUCAUGUUACUUCUUUAGUGAGAGUGAGAGAAUAGUGAUGUCUGUUCAUGGCAGUAAAACGUCUCUCACAAUCACUGCAGUAAACGUCUCUGAUACAGGACUCUAUUACUGCAGCUUCACUGACAGAAUGAUCUUCAGUAACUCCACAUAUUUACAAGUGAAAGGUUCAGCUGUAUUCUUUAUGCUGAAUGUGCUCUUCAUGCUGAAUGCAGUGUUUGGUUCAGUGACCAUGUUUCUUCUCAGUGUUUUGAUCUUCAUCAUUCUGAAGUACAGAAAAACACACAGAGGUGCUGAUAAUGAUGAAGAAGUGAAUGAGGUUUCUGACUCUGACUCUGUGAAUUGUGCUGUACUUCAGUUCUCUAAGAAGAAAACCAAAAAGAACAAGAGGCAUGAUCUCCACUCCUCUUCCUCUCUGCAGUGA